GUGAGUGACGAGUCGGUGAGUGAGGAGUCGGUGAGUGAGGAGUCGGCGAGUGAGUGAGUGAGUGAGCGGGCGAGCGCGAUGUCGGAGGCCCUGGACUGCGGCCGCUGCGGCCGCUCGCUGCUGGGGGGCCGCUAUGCGCUGGGCCCGCAGGGCACGCCACACUGUCUGCCCUGCUACGACUCGCACCUCGCCAGCUCGUGCGAGCACUGCGGCAAGCCCAUCGCCUGCGGGUCCAAGGAGCUGUCGUACCAGGAGAAGCACUGGCACGAGGAGUGCUUCUGCUGUGCACGCUGCGCCACGUCGCUGUGUGCACGGCCCUUCCUGUGGCAGGGCGGGCAGCUGCUGUGUGGCGACUGCUACUGCAGCGAGGUGGCGGAGCGUUGCAGCGGCUGCAACAAGCCCAUCGCGCCAGGCUCCCGCCGCAUGGAGUACAACGCCGCCAGCUGGCACGAGGACUGCUUCGUGUGCUCGCGCUGCCACAAGCCCAUCGGCUCCGGGAGCUUCGUGCCCAGGGAGGACGGAAACUUCUGCACCGCGUGCUACGACAGUCACGUGGCCCUCCGCUGCACGCGCUGCAACAAGGCGAUGAAGGAGGGGGGGGUGCGCUACGAGGGGCGGCCGUGGCACCGCGAGUGCUUUGCGUGCGGUGCGUGCGGAGCGCCGCUGGCGGGGCAGCGCUUCACGAGCCGCGGGGACGGCGACGCCGCCGAGCCGCUGUGCCUGGACUGCCACGCCGGCCUCUACGCCCACAAGUGUGCCAACUGCGGCUCGCCCAUCACCGGCGCCGGGGGAGCCAAGUUCAUCUCGUUCGAGGAGCGGCACUGGCACCACGAGUGCUUCACCUGCAAGGGCUGCAACGCUUCCCUCGCCGGCAAGGGCUUCAUCGUCCAGGGCGACGACAUCGUGUGUGCCACGUGCGCCCACGACAGCUAGAGCAGUGCUCGGGCACGCACGCACCGGCACGCACGCACCGGCACGGUGAAACGCACGCACGGUGAAACGCAUGCACGCAUGCACGGUGAAACGCACGCACGGUGAAACGCACGCACACACGGUGAAACGCACGCACGCUGACACGGGUGUGCGCGCGUACGUGGGAACGCGCAUGUUCGUGCACAUGCACGAACAUGCGCACACAAGCACACGUGGGUGUGUACAUGCGUGCGCGCGCGCACACACACAAACACGUCAGACAGUUGUUAUUGGACAAUCUUAUUGGACAAUCGAGGUGGAAGAGCUUAAUUUUUGUUCCAAAAUUUGGGGGAAAGUGCUGUUCGCGAGCGCCGCUGAAGGCCCGCACGCCACAUGAGGGAACGGCGUGGCUAGCACCACGCCCUUUGCCUGACGUUUUACACGCACGCCACAGCAAGUGGCUCAUUUAAGGAUGAGUCAACCAAAGGAGAGGCCCACGUCCGGUUCGAAUUCUCACCACCGAUUUUAGCCACUGAGCGGGGAAUCGAACUCGGGAUACAGAGUUCGUAGCGCAACGCGCUAGACCACCGUGCCACCGCUCCUGACAACGCACAAGGAUACGCGCACACACGCACCUGAGGCUGUGUACCCAGGGCUUAAUUUAGGUCAAGUAGAACCCCUCGGUGAUUGGUUCCACGAAACCGGUCGCGAAGUGAUUUGGUCGUGAAGCGAGUCUUGGAAAUUAACGUUAAAGGUUUAAUUCGUUCCGAUAGCAUCGGAAGUUACCAUUUGUCACCCGAAAAACGUGCUUCAUAAUAUUUAAACAAUGGUUAUGAACGCGUAAAGAUGCUGACAACAAUGUGAACACAUGAUAUUAAAAGGAACAUGGUUAAUCGACGCAUUAAUUAAUAUUUACCGUACCUACAACAGCCCGUCGUUAAACAAGGGAGUGGCCGGUAAGCGAACACAUUGGGCUCUGAGGAGGCUGUCGUGAAGCGAUUAGGCAUUAACAGGGGCGGUCGUUUAGAGGGGUUCUCCUAUAUCGUUUGUUGUACAACACGCGACUCACCACAUCCUCCAUGCUCCUCGCUAUGGGUGUGGCUACUACACACACUCUCUCGCCUGUACACUCAACAACAACCGCCAUUCACCACUAAGCGGUGGUCACGUCGCAACAUAACUUGUGCCAGGCUAGGUGCACACACACACUCACUCGCACUCGCGAACACACUCACCCUCACGCCCGCCUCGCCGCUGCUGGAACAGCGUGGGGGGACGCGUGAGCGUGUGUGCUGCGUACACGCACGCUCACCCGAGUCACAGGGGGUCGCCUCCUUCUCCACCGCAGACCAAACCGGGGCGGGUGGCUCGGACGGCACUCGGCCGACCACCACCACCACCACCACUCCCGCACACCGCAGUGAAGUUCCCCACGGCAGCACCGGUGACGGAUCUCCGUAACGAAUCCCCCUCCGCCGCCCAGACACGGACGGUGCCGAUCCCCCGACCGUCCGGUGUUGAACCCUGGAGAGGCUGGCGCUGAGCUCGCGUGCGCGCGCCUCUCCCGCUCGAUAGCUCCUGCUGCUGCUGCUGCUACCAUCGUGAUCGUCACGACGAUGAUCUACGUCCAGGCAGAACACGUGUGGCUUAAACAGCCGCCCGCAACGCUCGCCCCUCGCUCGCGCGCAGCUGCUCUCCCUGUGUCGCCACGUGACCUCCCUGUGUCGUCACGUGACCUCCCUGUGUCGCCACGUGACCUCCCUGUGUCGCCACGUGACCUCCCUGUGUCGCCACGUGACCUCCCUGUGUCGCCACGUGACCUCCCUGUG